GAACCCAGGACCGUUGAUUUGUCCAACAACGAGACUACGAUAAUUACAGAUUCUGGCAAAUGCCCCCGGCGCAGCCCGCAUCUCUAUCUCUUUUUUCUUAAAAGCUUGUGUAUUGCGCCGUUCAAGUCGGUUACUUCAGUAGUUAUUCUCCACAUUAUAUAAAGGCCCGCAUUCCACGACCCCAAGACAUUCAUUCUACAAAUAAGAAGAAACCAAAAAGCCUCCCUUCGUAGCCCUCUCCAUUUCUGAUUCUUGCAACCUUUGAUCUUCUUGGGCGGGAUUCCAACGGAUUAGAGAAUAAAGGGAGAAUGACAGAACCAAAACCAGAGACACCCUUAAUACCACAAUCAUCUUCUCGAAGGCUCCCUGAUUUCAAACAAUCUGUUAAGCUGAAAUAUGUCAAGCUCGGCUACCAUUAUCUCAUCACCCAUGGCAUGUAUCUAUUAAUCAUGCCUACGGUAGGCAUCAUUGCCGCCCAGCUAUCAACAUUCUCGUUCCAAGACCUGUAUCUCCUAUGGGACCAUCUGAGGUUCAAUCUCAUCUCCGCGAUCCUCUGCUCCACCCUUCUCGUCUUCUUAUCUACAGUCUACUUCGUCACCCGACCAAGGCCUGUCUACCUCGUAGAUUUCUCAUGUUACAAGCCCGAUGAUGCUCGGAAAUGCACAAGACAGAUUUUCAUGGAGCGAUCCAGCCUAGCAGGCACCUUCACUGAACAGAACCUUGAGUUCCAGAGGAAGAUCCUUGAGAGGUCUGGUCUCGGUGAAGACACUUACCUCCCAGCAGCCGUUCUCCGUGUCCCUCCCAACCCAUCAAUGGCGGAGGCCAGAAAAGAGGCCGAGGCUGUGAUGUUUGGAGCCCUCGACCAGCUCUUCGCUAAGACUUGUUUAAAACCCAAGGACAUCGGUAUCUUGAUAGUCAAUUGUAGCUUGUUCAAUCCGACCCCCUCUCUGUCUGCCAUGGUCAUCAACCAUUACAACCUCCGAGGGAAUAUAAUCAGCUACAACCUUGGUGGAAUGGGUUGCAGCGCUGGUCUAAUCUCAAUCUCUCUUGCAAAAGAUCUGCUUCAAGUCCACCCCAAUUCUUAUGCCUUGGUCAUUAGCAUGGAGAACAUCACUUUGAAUUGGUACGUCGGCAAUGAACGCUCCAUGCUCGUUUCCAAUUGCUUGUUCAGAAUGGGAGGAGCUGCAGUUUUGCUUUCUAACAAACGCUCCGACCGGCGACGGUCCAAGUACCAACUGGUCCACACUGUCAGGACACACAAAGGUGCGGAUGACAAGUGCUUCAGCUGUGUGACCCAACAAGAGGAUCCCGACGGGAAGAUUGGCGUUUCUCUGUCCAAGGAUCUGAUGGCAGUUGCAGGGGAUGCUCUGAAGACCAACAUUACUACCUUGGGUCCUCUUGUUCUACCCAUGUCCGAGCAAUUGCUCUUCUUUACUACAUUGGUCGGGAGGAAGCUAUUCAAGAUGAAGAUCAAGCCAUACAUCCCUGACUUCAAGUUGGCUUUCGAGCAUUUCUGCAUCCAUGCUGGAGGAAGAGCUGUUUUGGAUGAAUUGGAGAAGAACUUGCAGCUAUCUGAUUGGCACAUGGAACCAGCAAGGAUGACACUUUACCGAUUUGGUAACACCUCCAGCAGCUCUCUUUGGUAUGAAUUAGCUUAUGCAGAAGCCAAGGGGAGGAUCAAGAAGGGAGACAAAACAUGGCAGAUAGCAUUUGGGUCAGGGUUCAAGUGUAACAGUGCAGUUUGGGAAGCUCUGAGGACCAUAAACCCAGCAAAGGAGAAGAACCCAUGGAUGGAUGAAAUCCACAAUUUCCCAGUAGAUGUUCCAAAGGUCUCAUCUAUCUAAACUCCAAUCGAGCUUGAAUGGUAUUAAACCUUUUGUUUCUGUUCUGGGCCUCUGUAGCUCAUGGUUGUACUAAGUUGUGAGUUUUUGUUUGGAUGAUGGGUUUGAACUUUGGAGGUAGCAUCUUUCAUGAUUUUCUGUUAUAGAGCAGGAUGUGGUUUAGGCCAGCAACAAGUUUGCUUCAUGAAAUGCCAUAUUGCCAUGUAUGGGGGACUUCAGAUGGAAAACAAAUUAAAAGGAAGUUGGGUGCUUCAUACUAAACUUCUUCAUGACUUGGGGUCAAGAGAUCCCAAAUGGAACUGAUUAAAUUAAUUGAGAUAUUAUUCCUGUUACCAUCCAUGGUACAUUAAUUAGGAUUUCAUUACUAUUGUUAUUCAAGUUGAUUUGAAUGUUUUAUAUAGGUGCUCUGUGAUCUUUUUCUACUUGUAUCUUUCAUAAAUGAAGAUUUUGCCCUUUGCCCA